AUGGAGGCACUGGGAGAUGGUAAUAUAGGAAUGAUUAGGGUGUAUGGCAUGGAUGGUGCUGGUAAAACCACACUUGUUAAAGAAAUUGCUAGAGUGGCUUUAGAUCAAAAGUUAUUCAAUGAUGCAGUUUUGGUUACUGUAUCGAAAACUCCAAACUUUGAAAAAAUUCAACAAGAAGUUGCAGACAAGCUAGGUUUAGUACUCAAUGAGAAAAGCAUAUUUGGAAAAGCACUUGGGCUACGAAAUCGAUUGAGGGAUGAGAAUAGGUUGCUUAUAAUUCUAAAUGAUGUUUGCAAGGAGCUGAACCUUUUGGAUGUUGGAAUUUUUUUCGAGAGUGAUCAGAAGGGAUGCAAGAUAUUGUUGACGUCUAGAUUUAAGCAAGUCUUGCAUAAUGAUAUGCGUAUUGAAAAGAAUUUUGUCAUUUCACUUCUAUCAGAAGAUGAAGAAUGGGAAUGGUGUAGCCAUAUAGUGGGUGAUUUGGUUAACAAUUCUGAUUUCCAAGAAGCAAAAUCAUUACUUUUGCUUUGUGGUUUACAAGAAGAAGAUGGAAACAUAGAAAUGGAGUAUUUAAUGAGAUACGGAAUGGGUUGGGAUAUGUUUAAACAUGUCUAUACAUUGGACGAGGCAAGAGACAAAGUUUACAGUUUGGUCGAUCAACUCAAAGAUCGUUCUUUGUUGCUGGAUGGUGACAAUUAUGGUAUAGUUAAAAUGCAUGAUGUCAUUUGGGAUGUUGCCAUAUCAAUUGCAAAAGAAAACUAUAUGUAUAGUUUUAGAAAUGUUGUUGAGGUGGAAGAAUGCCAAAGGAGGAAAACACUUGAAGGCUCAAAGGCAAUUUCACUGCCUAAUGGUUAUGUCGAUUAG